GGUCCGCUGCACUUACAAGAAACCUUCAAGUCCAGGGCAACAGUCAGUUGAACACGGACGACACCUGGAUAGCUCUGCUGCACAAGUCACAGUGCAUGUAACACUUUCGAGGACUAAGGCGGGUCUGGACACUUAUGAAACCGUUGAAGUCCAAGAAGGGCCCACUUAUGCUAAUGUUAAACAGACCAAGUCGCAGACCCAUAGAGAAGAGCCUUUAACCCACGAGGAUGGAACCGCCAAGCAAACGCAGUCUGAAGAUGGAUACUGUAUGCCAUUGGAGAGCUCACCACUGGACGCUACGAACAAGCUUCAGGCGCAUGGAGUGGAAAACGCAGAAAAACAGGAAAAUAAAGAUCACGUUUAUGCGGUUGUUCAUAAAGAUGCCAAAGGUAGAGACUCUGCAGCGAGUGUCCACGCCAGAACACCAUGCUCGAAACGUUUGGAGCCUGCGAUUCGCCCGUAUUCAGAUGUUGAACCUGUGAAUCGUUCGUCCUCCGCGGAUCCGGUAAAUCACUCAGACGCGAGACCCUCUUCUGUGGAGCCUGCAAAUUACUCACAGGGCGCACUCGUAGGAGACGAGAAGAAAGAUUACUUGUAUGCGGUUGUUGACAAAGCAAACAAGAAAAAGAGGCCACCUCAGAAGCCUUCCCCUUAUCGUGGUCUUGUGUACGCCGACCUAAACCACUCCACAACAAGCAACACGGGACCAGUUAAAAGAGAGUUUCCAACUGUCUACGCCGAUAUCGAUUAUCUCAAGACAGAUGCAAGCUCAAAAUUACCAGAGGAACAUUUGGAUCAACCAACGGAGUAGGAUGAUCCGUAGCAGACUAACCGCUAUGGUUAGCCAAACCUUAAAACAUUAAUGAACGACAAUUAACGCUGGGGACAAAGUAAACAAAACAAACAACAACAAAAAAGAAUUAAUUAAUAUGUUACUUCAGAAAUUCGCAAUACACUCUCUUUUUUUAUAAGAAUAUUGUUUUUCGGGCGGAGGCUGAAUAUUC